AUGGUCGACCACGACACUCAGAUACCCGCCUUUCUCCUCCUCUAUUUUCUGUUCCUUUCAACUGUUCUCUGUUUUUUUUCCCCAUUUUCCGUGGCUCCUGUUGAUGAUCCAAUGAAUUCCACCUUCGAAUCUUCGGAAAAUGUUUUUGAUUUAUCCGAUGGAAAACUUACCGUCCAAGGCGUAUCAUUGUUUUCUGAAGUCCCUCAAAAUGUCUCUUUCAAUCCUUUUUCCAAUGUGUGUCAAUCAUGUUCUGAAUCUUCUGAUGCCCCACCUUCCAUCCUUGAGAGGACUCUUGCACUUUCUCAUAAAGGUGGAUUCCUUGGAUUCUCCCAAAAUGAUUCUUCUGAUAGAUUGAUUAACUCUUUGGGUAGUUUCACUGGUAAAGAUUUUCUUAGUAUUUUUAGAUUCAAAACAUGGUGGUCAACACAGUGGGUGGGAGACUCGGGUUCGGAUAUACAAAAGGAAACCCAGUGGGUUCUUAUUGACAUGCCUCAAAUAAAAUCCUACGUUAUAGUUAUCCCUAUUAUUGAGGGUAGUUUUAGGUCUGCUCUCCAAGCUGGCUCUGAUGGCCAUGUCAUGAUUUGUGCUGAGAGUGGUUCCACUCGUGUCAAAGCAUCAAAGUUUGAUGCGAUUGCUUAUAUUCAUAUGUCAGACAACCCCUUUAGUUUGAUGAAAGAGGCCUACGGUGCUCUCAGGGUUCAUCUUAAUUCCUUCCGGCUCUUGGAAGAGAAAUUGCAACCAAACCUGGUUGAUAAAUUUGGCUGGUGCACCUGGGAUUCAUUUUAUUUAACUGUAGACCCUAUUGGCGUGUGGAAUGGAUUAAAAGAUUUUUCUGAUGGUGGGGUGGCUCCGAGGUUUGUCAUCAUUGAUGAUGGGUGGCAAAGCAUUAGUCUUGAUGCUGAUGACCCCACAGAAGACGCUAAAAAUCUUAUGUUGGGUGGUGAACAAAUGAAUGCAAGGCUUCACAGGCUCGUCGAAGGUGAUAAGUUCAAAAAUUACCAAGCUGGCCUCCUCUUGGGUCCUGAUGCUCCUUCUUUUGACCCAAAGAAUGUCAAGGAAUUAUUAGCACGGGGAAUUACGGUUGAGGGUUUGGAGAAAAAACGUGACGCUGCCAUUGAAUCUGGGAGUUCUGAUGUGACCGAGAUUGAGUCCAAGAUUCACGAGAUCAAAAUAGAAAUCAAUGAUCUAUUUGGAGGAGAGCAAUACAACGCUGCAAAAAGAGAAUGUGGAAGUUCUUCCGGUAAAGAAUUGGAUUAUGGGAUGAAGGCCUUCACAAGGGACUUGAGGACUGAAUUCAAAGGUUUGGAUGACAUUUAUGUAUGGCAUGCACUUUGUGGUGCAUGGGGUGGUGUGAGGCCAGGAACAACCCACCUGAAUUCCAAAAUAGUUCCCUGCCAACCCUCCCCAGGCCUUGAUAGGACAAUGACUGAUCUAGGUGUUGUAAAGGUCGUGGAAGGUUCAAUCGGGCUUGUUCAUCCUAAGAAGGCUAAUGAAUUCUAUGAUUCCAUGCACUCUCAUCUUGCUGAAUCUGGAGUUACCGGAGUCAAAGUCGACGUUAUUCAUACUCUUGAAUAUGUGUGUGAUGAAUAUGGAGGCAGAGUUGAGCUUGCCAAGGCUUACUAUGAAGGGUUGACAAACUCCGUUGUUAAGAAUUUUAAUGGGAGGGGAAUCAUCGCUAGCAUGCAGCAGUGCAAUGACUUUUUCUUCCUCGGAACGAAGCAAGUUGCCAUGGGAAGAGUUGGGGAUGACUUUUGGUUCCAAGAUCCCAAUGGCGACCCAAUGGGAGUGUUCUGGUUACAAGGGGUACACAUGAUUCACUGUUCCUACAACAGCUUGUGGAUGGGGCAGAUGAUUCAGCCCGACUGGGACAUGUUCCAAUCUGACCAUGUGUGUGCCAAAUUUCAUGCUGGUUCUAGGGCUAUUUGUGGUGGUCCAAUCUAUUUGAGUGACUAUGUGGGCUCCCAUGACUUCGAUCUGAUUAAGAAGCUCGUGUUCCCUGAUGGUACCGUACCCAAGUGCAUCCAUUUUCCCCUUCCUACAAGGGAUGUUCUUUUCAAGAACCCUCUUUUUGACCAAAAAACUGCUCUCAAAAUUUGGAACUUCAAUAAGUAUGGAGGAGUUAUUGGUGCUUUCAACUGUCAAGGGGCAGGUUGGGAUCCAAAGGAAAAGGAGAUCAGGGGUUUCCCCGAAUGCACCAAGAUGUCAGUUUCUGGUGCAGUGCAUGUAACUGAGGUUGAGUGGGACCAGAAGAAAGAAGCAACCCAUAUGGGUGAGGCAGAGGAGUACAUUGUGUAUCUCAAUCAGGCUGAUGAACUUCAUUUGAUGACCCCCAAGUCUGAACCAAUACAAUUUACCCUCGAAUCUGUCAACUUCGAGCUCUACAGCUUUGUGCCGGUCAUUAAGUUCAAUGGCAGCAUCAAAUUUGCACCAAUUGGUCUAACAAGCAUGUUCAACAGUGGAGGCACAAUUCAAGAUUUGGAAUAUGAUGAUACUGGUGCUAAGCUUAAGGUUAAAGGUGCUGGGAAUUUCCUUGCUUAUUCAAGUGAAUCUCCUAAGAUGUUAGAGUUGAAUGGUUCUGAAGUCCAUUUUGAGUGGCUGCCUGAUGGAAAACUGACUCUCAAUCUUCCAUGGAUCGAAGAGGCUGGUGGAGUUUCUGAUGUGGCCAUUUGCUUCUAG